AUGUCUACCAUUAAGGAAGGUGCAAAACAAAUAGUAAGGUUACUUGAGAAAUUGCCUGAUGAAAGGUUUAAACAUUUGAUUUCUUUUAAGGAAACUCAAAUAGAUAGGUUUAGGAGAAUGGCAGGCCUGCAAUUGAAAGAGCACAAAGAGGCAAACAAGAACGCCUCAUUAGAUGACAUAAAGGAUAUAAUUAAGAGAACAAAGGGACCCUUGGGGUUAAAAAAAGAUGUCUUACAAAAAUUGAGAGCGACCAUACCACAAGAUAAUUAUACUGAGCAAACGAUAAAACAACAAAUAGGUUCACUUGAGAACCUAAUUGCUAACAAGCAUAUGAAAUACUAUGAAGUUGGUGAUAAAUUAUAUCAACCUGCAGGUAAUCCAAAAUAUUACCAAAGACUUUUGGAUGAAAUCCAAGGGAAGAAGAAUGAAACGUUCUUUACCGCUUUACGAACGGUAUUCUUCGGGAAAUAG